UAUCCAGCCACAGUGCAAGAAGGUGGCUGCCUGAGAGAGGGUGAGACAGCAAACACUGGAUUAUAAACAAAGAGAUGGAGUAGAAUAAACAGCCACUUUGUUAAACAUAAGGAGGAUUCUCUACAAAGAAGAACUCAACCUUAGCGACGGAUUGCUUUUAUUUCGUUUGUUUAACUAAUAUCCAUUGAAAUAAUGCGACUGAACGCCUUGCACUGAUGGUGGUCUCUCUCUGCGUUAAUGGUAGCUGUGUUUUACCGGCGAAGUGUGUCUCUGCCACCACUAUAUCCGUGUAAAUACUUUACAACCCACAAGUUCUGAGGUAAAGAUAUGUUGAACUGUAUUUAAACACACAAAAGAAGCGCGACUCCGGACAGCUAGCUAACGUCAGUUAGCUCUGCUAGCGUUAGCUGGUGUUUCGGGCUCUCCGACGACGGCCGAGACAAGAGGGGGGGGGACACGAACCCGUCAUUAAAGUUGAAUGGCUGCUGCGUGAAUUUACAUGAAAACCGGCCGUUAUUUGUCGAUAUUUGGUGUUACUUUUCUGAUUAAAGUCAGCGACAAGCACUGGCUUUCUCGGAGCGGCUGUCUGUGGCAGUUUCUUGGCGCACCGUGUGAGGAGACACCCCUGGAAGGCUUAAGAAUGCACCACCCGGAGUCUGCGGGGGACGCGGCCGCCGUUAGGAAGAUGGCGCACCCGGCUGUGUUUCCCAGGAGGGGCAGCGGCACCGGCGGCGGAGGCAGUGCUGCCGCUGUCAGCAUGCUCACAGCUACAAGCCUUGGCAACAGUGUCAUCGCCAGUGAUGAGUAUCAGUCUAACCUAUUGGUACAUCCCCCUCCCCCGGCUGGCUCCUCAUCCCCUGUGCCCCAGCAUCCUCCCCAAAGCCUUAACCUCUUGUCUCAGCCCCAGAUGCAGUCGCAGUCUAGCGCAGCGGUUGGGGCCCAAAUAAAGAAAAAGAGCGGGUUCCAGAUCACCAGCGUCACGCCAGCUCAGGUGUCCGUAAGCACCAACAACAGCAUUGCGGAAGACACGGAGAGCUACGAUGACCUGGACGAGUCGCACACCGAGGACUUGUCGUCUUCGGAGAUCCUCGACGUUUCCCUUUCCCGGGCCACCGACAUGGGAGGCCCAGAGAGGAGCUCCUCUGAAGAGACGCUGAACAACUUUCACGAGGCGGACACUCCAGGCGCAGUGUCUCCUAACCAGCCGCUGCACCACCACCCCCUGCCUCAAGCGGUUCAGCAUGGUACAAUGGUGAAUGGGAUCAUACAUCAUCACCAGCAUGGCCGCCACCACCAACACCAUGUGCACCACCACCAUCAUCACCAAGCACCUGGCAGCCACUCAGCAGUUGUGCCCUCCGGGGUCCCGGAAGGAGGUGGCAUUUCUGCUGCUGGGGGUUCCGCUUCUGGAACAUUACCAAGUGUGGCUCAGAAGUUAACUGCAAAUGUGGGAGCGGCUCCGGAAAAUGCUCCUGUUGGUAUAGCCAGCGUCGUGGGUCAGCCUUUGGCUGUUGGUAACGCAGGAACUGUGACCGGAUUUCUCUCUCUGACUGCAGGGGCAGCGAUUAGUGGGGUCAGUCCUUUGACAACCAGUGUUAAUAAUGUGAAUAUGUUGAGUUCUGCCAAUGUGCCUAACAUGGGGGGCAUAACUGCCACUGGAGCCGGUGUUGGCCUUGCUACUGGGGCAGUGAACCUGAGUAAUGGCAGCCAAGUAGGAUUGAUUCAACAGCAGAGCACAACUGCAGCAUGCAGCACCGCAGUUACGGUUGCUGGUGCCGGAGCCUCUGGUCUGAUAGGAACAGCAGUAGGUGGGCAAGCGGGCAUGGUAGUCCCGGUUCAGCCUAGUACUGCAGCUCCAGUCCCCCAUGCUCAAUUGCAACAGCAAGCUCCACCCUCUGUUCCUCCAGCCGCUGCCAGCUCCCGUUUCCGUGUGGUGAAGCUGGACUCGAGUUCAGAGCCAUUCCGGAAAGGGAGGUGGACAUGUACAGAGUAUUACGACAAAGAGCCAACAGGGGGCGUCGGAGCACCUCCCUCUUAUGAGGGUGCACCGGGCCACAGGGGCGUGGAGAGCAUACGGCAAGUAGUGCCUGAGAGCAUGGCAGGCUCGGAGCGAGAGAGCACCAGUGGGAGCUCGGUCAGCAGCACCAUCAGCACCCUGAGCCACUACACUGAAAGUGUGGGCAGUGGUGAGAUGGGUGGUCCCUCUGCCACGCAGCCCUUCCCCCCGCAACUGCAGGAGUAUGCCUCCCCCCCAACUCUUCAGCCCCCAUUGUCUGGUCUUGCCCAGAGUGUACCACAGUCUCACGCAUUACCCCAGGAUGCAGUGCACCCUCUCCUUAAGACUGGUGUGGCUCCCUCAGUCCCUGUCCAGCCACAGGCUCCUGUUCACCUUGGGGGUCUUCAAACCCCCAUGGGCUGUGGUUCUUCAGCCACAACUCAGCAGUCACUCACAUAUGCCCAGGCCCCACAGUCCGCCCCUGUACAGGCAAUGCCGACUGUGGCCCAGCAACCAGUGGGCUUUGCCUCUGCACCCGCACACAUUGUGCCUGCUGGCCAGGGGGUUGCUCUGCCGCCGGACUUCUCGCAGCACCAGCAGAUCAUCCCCACAGGUGUACAGACUGGAACUCCCACACCAGCGCACUCUUUACCCCAUUUGUCUGGCAGUGGAGCACCAGCAGCGGUGCCUGGGAACAGUCCCAUGAUGACAGCAGCACAACAGCAGGUGGGUGGCAUUCCUCCUGCUGUCCCUCAGUCCCUUCCCCCUGCGCUUCUUCAGAAGCCACCCCCAUGCACACAGGCGGGGAUCCUUCCACAGAUGCUGCCUCCCCAACAGCAUUCUGCCUCUCAUGCCAUCGAGCACCAGCAACCUGCCAGUACCCAGCUACCCUCUUCUGUCUCCACUGUGCCUCCCUCUCUUCUGGCGGAUCCCCAGUGUGCUGUGGCCCAGAGCACCCCUCCAGUCCAAAACAGUGUUGGGGUAGGCCUGGUGCCAGGUCAGGGGGCCCAGCCAGCCAUCAGCACACAGUAUGUCGGUCCAGCAUCUGUUACGGCCACGCAGUUGGAGGAUGCUCAGCACAUCCUCUUCCAGCACCAGUCCCUGCUCUCCCUCCCCAAAGUGGCGACUGGAGAAUGUGCCUCAGAAAGUGGUGCCUCCAUGGGGCCGGAGGGGAGCAGCGAAGCCAGUGCCUUAACUGCCUCAGCUGGCCUGUUACCACUGAAGACUUUGCCUGUGGAUGGAGAGGAGGACAGCUCCUCGGGUGCCAGUGUGGUGGCUAUAGACAACAAAAUUGAACAAGCAAUGGAUCUAGUAAAAAGUCACUUGAUGUAUGCCGUGCGAGAGGAAGUGGAGGUCUUAAAGGAGCAGAUAAAAGAACUGAUAGAAAGGAACUCCCAGCUGGAGCAGGAGAACAACCUACUGAAGAACUUAGCCAGCCCUGAGCAGCUGGCACAGUUUCAGGCCCAAGUCCAGAGCGGCUCGCCUCCAGCUUCAACACAGCCUCCGGGGACAGUGACACAGCAGUCGGCCCCUCCUGCCCAGCCCACUUCACAGACCUCUGGACCCUCUGCAUAGUAUGAAAGCAUCCCCAGGGGAACCUGCUUCACAAACUGUAAAUAAGACACUUCCAGGCAGGCAGGAAUGCCAUGCGAUGGUCGGAGGAUUCGUGUAAUAUUUGCACACUUAACUCAAAACUUGACACGUGACAGUAUCUUUAAUGCUUUACGAACUUUAGACAAUCGUCUACGGUAAAAAUAAGGCUGUUGGCUGAUAAUGGAUAUAAACCAAAAUCCAUGGACUACAAAGAUCACGUAAUAAUGUUAUAUGGAAACAGCUUAAAGAAUCAUCGUGCCUGCAUCUUAGGAUAUUGAGUGAUGCCCACUAAGUGGUGACUCUGGAACUGCAUCAGUGUUACCAUGCAUCACUUAAUUUUUCUUUUUUUGUGUAAAUAGAGCAAUCUUUUUCCCCAAACUGUGAGCUAAUUAAAGAGUAAGCACUUUCUUGGUGUUGAAUGUGAAGAUGUUUUGAUGACCGCUGACAAAGAAUUUCACCAUUUGGUACUGACAAGGUGGAGAAAGUUACUUUUUUCUAACUAAAUUUCACAAUAUAGCCAACAAUCUUAUCCCAUAGACAUCAAUAUCUUUGUUUUGACCAAGUGACAAAUGUGCAUGAGGAAGGCGAUUCAUCUUCAGUAUUUUGUUUGAAGUAUUCUCUUACUAUCCUUUAGAUUUUUGAAAUGCUUCACCGCCCUUUACCCCUCACCUUCCACCCGAAGCAGUGACACCUGGUCCAAGAAGUUAAGGAGAGGUUUUUGGCUAUUUAAACACAUUGGUAGGCUUAUGUAUAUUUGUGUAUUUAGUGUAAGCACUUGUUAUGACUGUAAUGACAAGAAGAAAGGAAAAACCUUGUAACUAUUAGGUUGUACAGAUUGAAAUUCAGUUAACAGGCUGACCUAAACAAGUUUGGACAGUCCUUUUUUUAAUGCUGUAAGUCAGGAAUGCAGCUUUCCAGCAAUUUAGGAUAUUUAAAUGAGAGAAAACUGUGCCGUUUUCUUGGCUGCAUUGAAUCCUGCUGUAAACAGUUGUUCACUUGAAAUUAUUUGAAGUAUUGCACCCCUGUGAAUUUUUUUUUUUUUCUCUCCUUUUCAGCAGUAAAGCACUCCAGUUGUUAAACAGCAAACCUACCCUGACAAAACAGUUCUGCUAUGGAUUUUGCAUAAAUGUAUAGGAUGUAUGCUUAUGUUUUUGCAUGUUCCUCAAACCAGUCAAAGGAUAACAUAAUUCAAUUGCACUUGACAGUUGCACUCUCAAAUUUCAAUAAAAAAUAGAAACGCA